AUGACAGAUAAUAUAAACCCACCACCUGCUAAAAGUCCUAAAGGUGCUAAUAAUAAUGGCAAACCAAAAAAAAGACAUAAUCAAAAAUCACAAAAACCUGCUAACAAGGAAAGUCCCCACAAUAAUAAGCCUGCUGGUGAGAAGAGAUCACCAGAUUAUAGAACCGCAGAAAUAAUUUCCUUGAUUAAUAAAUUCCCACCAACUCAGAUAAACGGCAAGGUUUUUGAGCCAGGCCAGAAGAAGGCUAUGUCAAAUUUUAUCAAGAAGUCAUUAACCAGUGAAGAUGAUAUUUAUUUGGUGAUCAAUGUUGUGCCAUCAGAUCCAGAUUUUCCAUUUGAUCUAGACGCUUUGAGAAUAUCGCUAAAUGUUCCAGUAAAUUAUCCUAUGAAGAAAAAUCGUGAGAAUGCGACCAGUAAUCGACCUACCAUCACGGUGUUGAAUGACGAAAUCCCCAGAGGUAUUACUAUCAAUAUCGAAAGGGGAUUCAACGGAAUCGUGGAGAAAAGUUGCGAGAAGAAAGGGAAAGGUAAGAAGAAGCAAGAUCCCGAAGGAGAGAUAAAGAUUGUCGGCGGGAAUAAUUUAGUGGGGAUAGUACAAACUUUGGAUCAAUAUUUGGCAAAAUUUUUAGCUCAAAAAAAGAGAGAAACCAUAAAGAUAGUUAAAAGAAUUAACAAAAACUCAAAUAUUAUUGAGGAUCCAAAACCAAAAGCUGAAGGUGAUCUCAAUUGGGAUAGUUUCAGAAGCUCUGUUAGUAAGGAAGACAUCCAAAAGCUAAACAAGUUGUUGGAAGAUGUCAAGCAUAGACUAAACAUGAAAAACGAGAAUAGAUUUCUGUUAUUCCAGAAUUAUCUGGGAAUUGGCUAUGUGUACAGCUUUUCACUUGAUCCAUCGAUAAUUAGAAUGCUUGAUUCAUCGUUUGGAAAGCAGAGUGAAGAGUUUAACAUAACUAAGGCUAAGCUCCUGUUUACGGAGCUAGAAAGUAUUGUUAUUAGAAUAAUGAUUCCACUAGAUUACAAAAACCAAACCAUUGAAGUUACUUCAUUUGGUCUACCGAAUCAAAAAGAUGAAUUGAAAAAGUUUACGAGUCGAUCAGACUUAGAUUUCAGUAAAGGUGAUGAUAAGCUUUCAUUGCUACAUCAAUUUUUGAAUAAUGUGAGAAUUAAUUUCAAUGAGAGCUCCAAGGAUUUGUUGGUUAAGGGGAAUUAUUCGAUCUUAUAUUUGUUGAAUUUCCUUAAUAGCAGGAUUUAUGAAUUGGGUUUAGAUGGAAAACUUAUAUGA